AUGGAACUCAACCGAGAACAUUUUCGUGCCAUAAUUUAUUACAACUUUCAGAGACAAUUAUCGCAACAAGAAUGCCUUGCUGAGUUACUGUCUGUUGAGUGGGAAAACGUCAAUGAUGUGCGCAAACUCAUCAUUGAAGAUAGACAUGUGACAUAUCGCGAGAUUGAGGCCAUUGUUAGUGGUGAUGCAUCGUGGAUUUACUGUUAUGAACCAGAAAAUAAACGACAGUCGGCUGUUUGGGUGUUCCAAGAGCAAAGAACUGUUACUGCGGAUUGGUAUACCACUAUUUGUUUGCCAAAAAUUAUCACCGGGCUUCGAAAGAUCAACCCCGAAGGAAGAAUCAUCCUCCACCAAGACAAUGCAAGCUCGCACACAGCCCAAAAAACAAGGCAGUAUUUAACGGAAGAAAACAUGAACUUAUUGGACCAUUCUCCAUAUAGUCCCGAUCUAAGUCCUAACGAUUUCUUUACUUUCCCGAAAAUUGAAAACAGACUACGUGGUCAAAGGUUCCAGUCACCAGAAGAAGCAGUUUGGAAUAAGUGCUUCGAAAAUUUGUUCGAGCGCAUGCAGAUGUGUAUUAACCUUCGUGGAAAAUACUUUGAAAAUCAAUAA